AAUGAGCCUCUGUGUAAGCCACAGAGGAGGAGGGCUGGCCCGCGAAGGGUAAUUUUUCUGCAGCGGUGAGAUGACAUCUAUCUUUUGACCCUGGAAAAAGGUCUGCUCACUAUUCUCAGCUGUAGAAGGCCAGAGGUCUGCUCCCUUGGAAACAGUUUUUUGCACCCAGCUGAGAAACUUGGAUGUUUCCUGGAUCUUUGCAGCUAUGACUGAAAAAUUCCUGGCCUUGCAUGGAGGACUUUCUCAUUUGAGAUAGAGGUGACUGAAAGACGAUUGAACACCAGCCCUGGAGGGGGAGGGAGAGAGAAGGGAAAAUUGCUUAAGUGUGAAGGGUGACAAAGGCUGUUCAGUAUUAAAUCAGGACUAAGACAGAAGCAUUUAAAUCAAUAUCUGGAACCAUAGUAUUCAGUAAUUCAAAACAUCCUGCUAUACUUCGGCAGUAAAGACACCGUUUUGCCUUGUUGGAGGAAAUUGAGCACAUAGAAUCUUAGCCAAAUAUUCAAAAUGGUAAUUCAGAGGUUUCUCCUAACCUAUAUGGGCGUGGCACUUGCUUCAUAUCUUCAUCACCUCAUCAGAGCCAUUGAAGUCCCACGGGAUCCAAGUAUUCAAGAUACAUUGCCUCAGCCUCCCACUAUUACAAAGCAGUCUGCAAAGGAUUAUAUUGUAGAUCCAAGAGAUAAUAUAUUCAUUGAAUGUGAAGCAAAAGGCAACCCCAUGCCCACGUUUUCAUGGACACGAAAUGGGAAGUUUUUCAAUGUUGCAAAGGACCCUCGAGUAAUCAUGAGACAUUGGUCAGGUACACUGGUAGUUGACUUCCGCAGUGGUGGGAGGCCAGAGGAUUAUGAGGGAGAAUAUCAGUGUUUUGCUCGGAAUGACUAUGGAACAGCUAUCUCCAACAAAAUAUUCCUGCAUGUUUCAAAAUCUCCUUUGUGGCCGAAGGAAAAUUUGGACAUUCAAGAGGUUCAUGAAGGUGCUUCACUUAUCUUGGCAUGCAAUCCCCCACCUGGACUACCACCUCCUGCUAUUUUUUGGAUGAGUAGCUCCAUGGAGCCAAUCCAUCAAGACAAGCGUGUCUCCCAAGGGCAGAAUGGUGACUUGUAUUUCUCCAAUGUCAUGCAGCAGGAUGCCCUCACUGACUAUAGCUGCAAUGCUCGCUUUGCUUUCACACAUACCAUCCAGCAGAAAAAUCCUUACACCCUCAAGGUCCUGACCACCCGAGGUGUUGCAGAAAGGCAGCCCAGCUUCAUGUACCCUGUUGGGACCUCAAGCAGUCAGAUGGUGCUAAGAGGGGAUGAUCUCCUACUGGAAUGCAUUGCCUCAGGAGUUCCAACACCAGAUAUCAUGUGGCACAAAAAAGGUGGUGAUCUCCCAUCUGGCAGGAUCAAGUUGGAAAACUUUAACAAGGCUCUUCAUAUUGCAAAUGUUUCUGAGGAAGAUUCUGGGGAAUAUUUCUGCUUAGCUUCCAACAAAGUGGGCAUUAGCCGCCAUAGUAUCUUGGUGAAAGUGAAGGCUUCCCCGUAUUGGUUGGAUGAACCAGAGAACCUUAUUUUGGCUCCUGGUGAAGAUGGAAGACUGGUUUGCCGUGCCAAUGGUAACCCCAAACCUUCAAUCCAGUGGCUGGUGAAUGGAGAACUUCUAGAAAGUUCUGCUCCCAACCCCAGUCGUGAAGUUACUGGAGACACCAUUAUGUUUCGGGAUAUCCAGAGUGGCAGCAGUGGUGUAUAUCAAUGCAAUGCUUCGAAUGAACAUGGGUACCUGUUAGCCAAUGCAUUUGUUAGUGUGUUGGAUGUUGUUCCUCGGAUUCUUGCCCCUCGUAACCAGCUGAUCAAAGUGAUUCAGAACAACCGGACUCUUCUUGACUGCCCAUUCUUUGGAUCCCCAAUUCCCACAUUGCGAUGGUUUAAGAAUGGCCAGGGAAGCACACUGCAUGGUGGCAACUAUAAAGCACAUGAAAAUGGAACUUUGGAAAUCAUCAGGGCUCGAAAAGAAGACCAGGGAACUUACACCUGUGUGGCAACCAAUCUUCUGGGCAAAGCACAGAACCAGGUUCGUUUGGAAAUAAAAGAUCCCACUAGGAUCAUAGAUGGACCCAAAGAUGCUAUACCAAAGAAAGGUUCCACAGUUCACUUAGUGUGCCAGACAAGACAUGACCCCACAUUAAGGCUUACAGUAACCUGGCUUAAAGAUGAUAUUCCCCUCUACUUUGGAAACAGGAUGAAGAAAGAAGAAGAUGGUUUGACGAUACAUGGAGUAUCAGAAAAAGAUCAAGGAUAUUAUACCUGUGUGGCUAGCACUGAACUAGACAAGGAUACUGCCAGAGCCCAUCUCACUGUACUUGCUCCUUCUUCUGUUAACCGUAUGACCCUACCCACAGCACGUCCUGAACGUCCCCGUGACCUUGAACUAACAGACCUUGCUGAAAGGAGUGUGCGGUUAACUUGGAUUCCUGGUGAUGACAACAACAGCCCAAUCACAGAUUAUAUUGUGGAAUUUGAGGAGGAUAAAUUCCAACCUGGAACUUGGCACAACCACUCCCGUUACCCAGGAAAUGUGAACUCUGCCGUCUUGCGCCUUGCACCAUAUGUCAACUACCAAUUCCGAGUAAUAGCUGUGAAUGACGUAGGAAGCAGUUAUCCCAGUCUGCCUUCUGAACGAUAUCAUACGAAUGGGGCACGCCCAGAAAUUAACCCUUCAGGAGUCAAAGGAGCAGGAACAGCAAAAAAUAAUAUGGUUAUAUCAUGGACGCUGCUAAAUGCAACUCAAGUGUACGGUCCCAAUCUUAGAUACAUUGUGAAAUGGAGAAGAAGGGACACACGGGAGAGUUGGAACAACCGAACUGUAAAGGGUGAUGUCAGUCAGUUUACUGUCGCACCAACCCCCAUCUAUACACCAUAUGAGAUCAAAGUACAAGCUGUAAAUGAUUAUGGGCUUGCCACGGAGCCAGACGUCGUAAUUGGCUACUCAGGGGAAGAUUAUCCUAAGGCCGCCCCUACUGAUAUUAGGCUCAAAGUUGUAAACAGUACAGCAAUCAGCCUUCAAUGGAGUAGAGUGUACCCAGAAACCAUCCAGGGACAGCUCAAGGAAUAUAGAGCUUAUUACUGGAGAGAAAGUAGUUUGCUGAAGAAUCUAUGGGUCUCUAAGAAAAAGCAAUCUAUGAGUUUUAUUGGAGACCGGACACGGGGCAUAGUGUCCCGGCUGUUUCCUUACAGCAGCUACAAAUUGGAGAUGGUUGUAGUCAACGGGAGAGGAGAUGGGCCUCGGAGUGAAAUUCUGGAGUUCACAACACCUGAAGGAGUACCCAGUGCCCCAAGGUAUUUCCGAAUUCGUCAACCAAACUUGGAAACCAUUACCUUGGAAUGGGAACAUCCUGAACAUCCCAAUGGCAUUCUUAUUGGAUACACUCUUAGAUACCAAGCCUUUAACGGAUCCAAAACUGGCAGAACACUGGUAGAGGUCUUCUCUCCUAAUCAGACAAAGUUUUUACUCCAGAGGACGGACCCUAUCUCACGCUACAGGUUCAAUCUUCGUGGCAGGACACAGAUUGGAGAAGGUGAGCCUGCCACAGGGGAGUCUCCAAUUCCAUUGAAGGAAGUUCUUCCAACCUCAGUUUUAAUCUCUCCAACCAUCCACCAAACUACAGCUGCUCCAACUGUGGCCGCCACCACCAUUUCAGAAACUACUUUCCCAACCACCAUCACGGAAGCUGCAACCACCACCACCACGGAAGCUGCAACCACUACAGAGCCAACAAUCAUCACCACACUUGUUGCUAGUACAAUAGCUGGUGUUGGAAAGCCGCAGUCCAUCUGGAAUGUAAAAAUUUCAUCUAACAAUAACUGGGCAAACAUCACCUGGAACCACACAUUUGAUGCUGACACUGAAUUUGUGGUUGAGUAUAGCAACAGUAACAAAACAGUGAAAUCUUCCCCUGCUAAAGGUUUUCUGGAGCUGAGUGAUCUGAUUCCUGGUGAGAAGUAUGUAGUGCGGGUUUUUCUCAAAAGCAAUGAGUCUGUCUUCUCAAGUGAAACCUUUCAUACAAGUCCAGCCUAUACUAAGAAUCAAGGGGACAUUGCAACUCAGGGCUGGUUUAUUGGACUGAUGUGUGCCAUCGCUCUCCUGGUCCUGAUUUUGCUGAUAGUUUGCUUUAUUAAGAGAAGCAGAGGAGGGAAAUAUCCAGUGCGGGCAAAUAAAGAUGUGCCCCUGGAUCCUGAUGACCAGAAGGUAGAUAAUGGAUCAUUUGAUUACAGUGAUGAAGACAACAAGCCACUUCAGGGCAGUCAGACCUCCUUAGAUGGCACAAUAAAGCAACAAGAAAGUGAUGACAGCUUGGUGGACUAUGGUGAAGGAGGUGAAGGGCAGUUCAAUGAAGAUGGCUCCUUUAUUGGCCAGUACACAGUUAAGAAGGACAAAGAGGAGACAGAAGGCAACGAGAGCUCAGAAGCCACAUCACCAGUAAAUGCUAUCUAUUCCCUGGCAUAACACUAUAUUGAAACAGCAGCAGCUAAUAAAGAAAUAAGUUGGUGUGAGUCAGCAGAGUCACCAUCAACAACAGAAAGCAACCAGGGUAGGACAACAAAGGCCAAACACACAAACCCAACCAGUGCCAUCAUCUCUUUAGCAAACAGCAUAGAUGCACUGACUGCUGAAGUGAUCAUACUGCAGCUGAAAUCUGAGCUAACCCACCAGAGGCCAGCUGAAGAGCAGAAAGCAGAGAUUCUGUGCCCCAGGCUUCAGAACUUGGACUGAAAUAAACAUCCCUCUAUACCCCCUUUGUCUGAUUUGUGAGAUAAUGCAAUUUCUUUCAUUAAUAAUGUAUGCAGCUGACUCGGGGAGGGGAUCCUUUGUAAGGAUUUGAUGUUGUCCUCAGAAAAAGAAAUGUCUGAACAUGGGGGAAAACUGGAGUAGGGAGUGGUGAUAAAGCUGAGCACAUAAUGGCACACCCCUUGCUAAAAACAGCAUGAAAGCCACUUUGCAGAAUCAGUUAUUGAUUUAAAUGAACUGUUUUAUAAACAGGAACUUUUCUGAACAUUUAUUUCUAUUGGAGAUCAUUGUAGACAGGCCCUAGCCUAUGCUUCUCACUAAGCAAGGUAUAUGCUGCUCCUUCCUAUGAGAUGAAAUGGUUCUAUAUUAGGCUUCAGUGUGGAAGCUAGAAAAUGGGGAAGGCAGGGUUGUUGCAUUGACUGAAGAUCUCACUUUUAGCCCUGUACUUCAAUUUCCGCAUCCCAUAGAAAUGACAAUGUGAAGUUUUGCUCUACCCAUGCUAUCAAAGAGUUUAAUGGAAAAGUUUUAUCUCUGCCAAAAAAGCAAGAAUAGGAAAAAAGAAUUGGAUUGCUGUUUUUCAGUGGAUAAUUAUUGGAGGAAAUUUGUUGUUAAUUCUUAUUAAAAGCAGCCUUUCCUCACAA